AUGGAAAAACAGUACAUACGCUCAUAUAUAGAAACUCGUUGGUUAUUAGGUUUAACAGCUACACAAAUUCAUGAUGAAUCAACUACUGCUUAUGGACAGGAUGUAGUUUCAUAUUGUACAGUUACUCGAUGGAUUCAACGAUUUUCAAAUGAACGAGAAUCUUUGGAAGAUAAUCCUCGAAGUGGUCGUCCAUUAUCCGCCAUCACUCAACAAAAUAUUGAUGCAGUUAAAGAUCUGGACCAUUACUUAUUCAUGAAUUACCUUCUGGAACAUCAAUUAAUGCUAUUUAUUAUCGUGAUGAAUGUUUAA